ACAAUGGACGCUCCUGGUCGAGGUGUAGGGUUUCUCCAAGCAUUCUGACCACACAUGCUAGCUACUCCCAGACACCCCCUUAUGACCGUUUUUCUCGCCCUAGCAGAACUGGUUAGUCUGUUAGCCACACGGCCAUAUUUUCGCGUUUACAGCGCUUGUUAACAGAAAACAGACGGACGACAGAGGACUAACGUUACCUGUACUAAUUAGCUAGCUAUCUGCUUCUCCGAACAAUUGUGUGUAAACAAAGACAGACGCCGCAAAUGUGUAUACACUGAAAAAUACUGCCGGCUGCAACUGUGUUCACCUUUAAAACAGUAUACAUGCUUGCAGAGCUGCCACAACCUCAGAAACUCACUCUGCUCACCCUGAACACACAGUACGUACUGACGUGGGACUGGGACCAGACGACCACAGGCAACUCUGUUACCUUCACUGCAGAGUACAUGGCGAAGUACAAGAUGAAGAUGAAGAAGAAGAACUGGAGCCGUGUGUGUGAAAGGACCACACACACCCGCUGUGACCUCACAGGUUCUGAUCUGCACUACCUGGGAAUGUACGUGCUCCGAGUCCGAGCCAGCGCAGACGGAGUCAACUCGCACUGGGUCUACAAGGACUUCUGCCCUGAUAUAGAUGCUUCUUUGGGCCCACCGUCCAGGGUGGAGCUGGCUCCUGUGAGGAACCUGCUGGAUGUGACCAUCUCUGAUCCCCUGACCAGCACCCAGGGCUCCAUGAAGGAACACGUCCCGUUCCUGGACUACCGCAUCCUGUACUGGAGCCGCUCUGAUGACCCUCAGGGUCUGAAGCCUAAAGUGGUGGACUCUAGCAGCAACCUGGUGACGCUGCCUGAGCUGGAGGCCUGGACGUGGUACUGUGUCAUGAUCCAGUCUCGUUAUGACUACUACAACAAGACUAGCAGCUACACAGAACCCCAGUGCAUGCAGACAGAGGGUGACACCCRGUACMGGCAGAUCUUCCUAUACUUCCUGGUCUCCAUGAUGCUGUGUUUCCUGCUCGUGUUGCUUCCCUCCUACGCCUUCUUCAUGUUCUACAGAGUCCUCAAAAACACCUUUUACCCCUCUAUCCAGCUGCCUGCACACAUCCAGGAGUACCUCUGUGACUCCUCCCCUGGCUCCGACAUGCCCCGCCUCCUCACUGCUGAUUCAGAGGCGGAGCUGUGCUGUGAUAAGCUGACCAUCUGUCCUGAGGUGUUGCUCCUGGAGAUACAUGUCCCUCCUCCUCUCACAGCGCCCCCCUCAGCGCUGGAGCAGGACAGCGGCAAGCACAUCCGCCAGGACAGCGGAGACUCUGGGAUCUACUCCACAGAGGGAGGCUCCGCCCAGCAGGGUCGUAGUGGUGGGGAGCCAAUCAGGAGAGACCAGGAAGUGGACUCCUGGCAGGCACUGGKGCAGGUCAAGAUGGAGGCGAUGGGGAGAGAGUCGGCCGACGAAAGAGAUCUGGACGAGGGGGUUGUGGAUGUGUGCGUCUGAGGAGAAAUGGAGAGCUGGGUGGAAAGACCAUCAACGAUGGUUGGCGAUUUGUAAUGAGGAAAUGAGAAUGGUCGCACAGAAUGUUCUCAAGUCUCCGUCUUGCUGCCUCUCCUCAAAGGUCACUGUGAAGAGAAUGACGUCUGAGUCAGAGACGCAUCGUCACCUGUCCUGCCUACAUUAAAGGAAAAAUCUACUCCAAAACGAUCUUAUAAUAUUGUUUCGUUAGUCCACUGUUGAUACAGUCCCAAAUUGUUUUGCAUGUCAACAGACAAGUUUUCAAAAUAUUGGACUUUCAAGAAGCAAAGUGUCACAUGAUGCAAAAUGCAUCAUUGUGUGGCAAGUGACACUUCUUGAAAGUCCAAUACCUUAAACUUGUCUGUUGACAUGCAAAACAUUUUGGGACCGUAUCAUCAGUGGACUAAUGAAUCCCAUGUUGCUGUGUGUUUUUAAGGGUGUAGAAACAAGCUUAAAAGUGUCAGAUUUGGUAUGGGGGGGCCCAUUGACUUCAAGAUGUCUAAAAGACCCCAGUCCAUCUUUGGUUUCUGUGGCCAGUGUAAUGACUGACAUGUUUUAGUGUCGUUUGGAACACGUUUAUCUCAUCUCAGACUGGGCUCGUCACAGCCAAGGGCGUGCUAUCUGUUUCCAGUGAAUUCUGAGACCGUUGGUCCAUUAGCAUCCUGUGAAGUGUGUGUGAAUCCAGGGGGAAACACGGUAGCUAGUUUGUGUUUAAACAACAGGGUGUCAGUUUUAACCAUUUCAAUCGCACAAAUCAACCUAUUUUCUAGUCAAGACAUUUUCUUGAAAAGGAAUGAUUCUGGUUAAUUUAUCCUCUAAACCAACCCUGUCGUGUGUCUGUCCUGUGUGUGUGUGUGUGCCUUGGAUAGAUAAGAGUACAUUGGCAGCAGUGCAUUUGGUGUGUGUGUGUGUGUUGUCAUUGUAAGUACUGCAUGUCUGAUAGUCCUGUGUGUGUGUGCGCCCGCUUAGGAUAGAUGAUAGACAGUACAUUGGCAGUAGCGUAUUUGGUGUGUGUGUGUUGUCAGUGUAAGUACUGUAUGUCUGAUAGUCCUGUGUGUACAUAGUCAAUGCACGUAGUCCGGGUAACCAUUUGAAGAGCUAUUUAGCGGUCUUGUUAAGCGGUCUUAAGGCUUGUUGGUUCCAGACGUGGUGCACUGUGGUUGCUCGAGCAUUUUGCAAUUUUUGGGGCCUUCCUCUUGACACCGCCUGGUAUAGUGGUCCUGGAUAGCAGGGAGCUCUGCCCGGGUGAUGUACUGGGCUGUAAUCCGUGGUGGUUUGCUAACCCUGCCACAUCUGAGUGCCUGUUUUUUUAUUUUUUAUUAUGUUACUUUUAGAAACAUUUAAUUAGUUUGUCCUUUUAUGAUUCUUAUAGAAUCUGACAUCAGGAAGUGUUAUGUUUUCUCUCUGAUACCUUAUUAUUAUUUGACUUCAUCUUUGUUUUGAUAGGUGUUUUGGUCCGACUGUUACUGGUUGGAUCCCUGAAGGUCAAUGUUUAUUGAUGUCUCUUCCUCUUUCUGAUGGUUUGCUCUCUGAGGUGGAACAACUUCCACCUAGAGCAGGGCUGCCCAACCCUCUUCCUGGAGAUCUACUGUCCUGUAGGUUUUCAGUCCAACCCUAAUGUAACAUAUCUG